CACUUCUCAUAGUGCAAUACCACCACCUUCUCAGACUUCGCGUUUCUCUCUCUAGUCAACAAACCCAAAAGAAAAAGGAAAAAAAAAGCCAUCUUUUUUUUCCUCAUUCUCUUCUUAAAACAUCUUUCUCUUUUCAUUUCACCGACAACAACGUUAGUUAAACCAAAAACACUAACACCAUCGCCAUGACAGACAGGGUGUAUCCUUCGGCAAAGCCUGCCGCAGCCGCCGCCAACCCCGCUUUCCCGGCGACCAAGGCACAACUCUACGGCGCCACCCGCCCCACCUACCGCCCGCAGCCUCACCACCGGAGGCGGAGCAAGCGCGGGUGCUGCUGCACCUUCUGCUUCUGGCUGAUCCUCACCGUGCUUGUCUUACUCCUCCUGAUCGGCAUCGCUGGCACCGUGUUCUACCUGCUCUACCGCCCCCACCGCCCUACCUUCACCGUGACGUCGCUGAAACUUUCGUACCUGAACCUCACCUCCUCCUCCACCCUUAACUCCCGGUUCGACGUCACAGUAUCCGCCACCAAUCCCAACAAGAAGAUCCUUUUCGCCUACGACCCCACCUCCAUCUCCAUCCUCUCCGGCGACGUCGACGUCGGCGAUGGCAUCGUCCCUGCCUUCCUGCACGGCAAGAAGAACACCACGCUCAUCAAAACCUCCAUUGUGAGCACCGGCAGCGCGCUCCAGAGCGACGACGCGUCGCGAUUGAAGUCCAGCAUGAAGAACAAGAACGGGUUGCCACUGGAGGUGAAUUUGGAAACGAAAGUGAAGGCCAAAAUGGGAAAAUUGAAAACCCCAAAGGUCGGAAUCAGAGUCUCCUGCGACGGAAUCAGAGUGAAUCUUCCCUCCGGCAAGAAACCGGCGACGGCGUCCACUUCGAACGCGAAGUGCAACGUGGAUGUUAGGUUCAAGAUCUGGAAGUGGACGAUUUGAUCUGCAUGUACACAAAACACAACAACAGAGGUGUGUACUGUGUUAAUUGUCUUGAUCGUUUUUUCUUUCUUUUUCUCUUUGGUUUUAAUUUUAUUUUGGUAUAUUUUUGGAAAAUUUGUUCAUAUUCAUAAAUUACUUGAAUGCGUGUAAAUGGCAACGGCGUUUCAGUCGGUGACUGACAGUUGUUAGCAUGUUGAAUGUAUACCACUACCACUAUUUUUUUGCUACACAGGUUUCCAUUUUUCUAU